CGGCGCAGGCGCAGAAGUGGCGCGGGCGCCUCUGCUCAGGCACUGCCGCGGUCGACCUCGGGGGCCUCGGAGGGCUGCGACCGGAAGUGGCGUGCGGUCGGCCUUUCCGAGUCCCAGGCUGGCGGGCGUCGGGGACUGAGCGGCUCUGUCCGCUCUGAGGAGGGUUCGCGACCAAUCGCUUCUUCGCUGUCCCCGCGGCCGCCGUCUACACUCCGUGUUCUAGGGAGAAAGAGAAGAUGGUGGGCCGGAACAGCGCCAUCGCCGCCGGUGUCUGCGGGGCCCUUUUCAUCGGGUAUUGCAUUUACUUCGACCGCAAGAGACGGAGUGACCCCAACUUCAAGAACAGGCUUCGAGAACGAAGAAAGAAACAGAAGCUUGCCAAGGAGAGAGCUGGACUUUCCAAGUUACCAGAUCUCAAAGAUGCUGAGGCUGUUCAGAAAUUCUUCCUUGAAGAAAUACAGCUUGGUGAAGAGUUACUAGCUCAAGGUGAAUAUGAGAAGGGUGUGGACCAUCUUACGAAUGCAAUUGCUGUGUGUGGACAGCCACAGCAGUUGCUACAGGUGUUACAGCAAACUCUUCCACCACCAGUGUUCCAGAUGCUUCUGACUAAGCUCCCGACAAUUAGUCAGGUAAGGCAUUGAAAUGUUACGAAAUAAAAGUGAGCAGGAUCUGAGAAUUGAAUGGUUAGGGACAUUUAUAAAUGAUCCUAGUGAACAGGAUGAAAUCAUGAAACUCAUCUGUUCAAUGAAAGUAAUACUGGAGAUAGCAGUUCUUGAAAUUAUCUUCCCUCGUGGCAAAACAUCCAAAUGACUGGGCCAUAAGAUCUAGUGAUUGUACCUUGGAGAUGGAUCAAGGAAGUGUUUGUCUUAGUGUUAAGUCUCAGGCCAUAGUAUUUCAAUCCCUAAAUUCAGGCCACUGUCAGCUACUUUGUACAACUAGCUUUUGUCUACUUUCCUGAGAGACUGUGCCUUUAGUUAGGUGGCCUGACAGGAGCCAAGAUGGCAUAGCCUGGUCGUUAAGUCAUCAAGGAAUGAGGACUCUGAGCUGACCUGUCUAAAGGCUCUGUGUCUCCACUGCUGCUGAGGUAGUGGGCUUAGAGUGUGGCGCUUUAUAGACUGUAUCCCUACUAAGAAGUAUAAAGUACCGUCAAAAUACUGUAAAAGAUUAAAUUAUGCUUAACUUAAGAGUGAAUUAAAAUGUAUUGUAUUCAUUUUGAAUUCUUUCCACAGAGCCCAAAUGAACCUACUUUUUGGAAUAACAUGUCUAUUAUAUGUGUUCAUUUCCCAAGUUGUUGUGAUUAAACAUCCGUGAAUUGACGGAAAAGAAAGUUUUUACAGAACUUUAAUAACUGACUGAAAUAAAGGUCCCAAAGAUUUGAAAGGAAGAGUUGGAAAACCAAGGACUUGGUGUAAAUCUUUUUUAUUUAGAGUAAUGUGGUUGUGGUCCUGCCUGUUCAUACCAGAAUCUUCUGUUUAAUAUUAUGUGUUAUUUGAAAGGCAAUAUAGCAUAGUGCUUUUGGAAAAUUGACCUGAGGAUGAUGUCUUGAAAUAUGUGUGAGUUCAAGGUGAAGCCUAAUUCCUUUCUAUAAAAGUGGCCUCCUUAGG